CGAAGGGGCACUCGACCAAAACAACAUCCCCUUCGUCGACAUUCGUGAUUCGUGAUUCGUGAUUCGUGACUCGUGAUCAUCCGCACACACAGUCAUUCGAGAAGCUGUUCUGCGGACGAACACGUACGACCGCUCCCACAUCGUGAGCCAAAUCAUUCAAGCAACAGGAGCGCAUCACCUUGCUGCGACCAUCGAGCUAAAUCGUACGCGUCCAGAUCCCUUGCCACGCAUCACGAUCGGUCAUUCGCAACCUCGAGCCCUUGCUCGUCCUGCAUAUCCAAGGCACGAUGGCAGCAGUAGCAUCCGCGGCGGCCCCAGGGUCUAUUUCCUCUGUGCCUCAAGGUGGUGUGCGCUCCCCAGCUACCGGCAUCCAAUCCUUUUACGCCUCCAAGAUUGCUAGUUCCGAGCUGCUCAUCAACGAGCGAACACAGAACUUGCGCAGAUUGGAAGCCCAGAGGAAUGCAUUGAAUGCUAGGGUCAGGCUGCUGAGGGAGGAGCUGCAGCUCUUGCAAGAGCCGGGCAGCUAUGUGGGCGAGGUUGUCAAGGUGAUGGGAAAGAAGAAGGUGCUGGUCAAGGUUCAGCCAGAGGGCAAGUACAUCGUAGAUCUCGCGCCCGAUAUCGACAUGGCCUCGCUCAAACCCUCUCUGCGAGUGGCUCUUCGUUCUGAUUCUUACACGUUGCACAAGAUCUUGCCCAACAAGAUCGACCCAUUGGUCUCGCUGAUGAUGGUGGAGAAGGUUCCCGACAGUACAUACGAGAUGGUCGGUGGUCUUGAUCGUCAGAUCAAAGAGAUCAAAGAAGUGAUCGAGCUGCCCGUCAAACACCCAGAGCUGUUUGAAGCUUUGGGUAUCGCUCAACCAAAGGGAGUACUGCUGUACGGCCCACCAGGAACAGGAAAGACGUUGCUGGCUCGCGCUGUGGCGCAUCACACCGACUGUCGCUUCAUCCGUGUCUCUGGCUCAGAAUUGGUUCAGAAGUAUAUUGGUGAAGGGAGCAGAAUGGUGCGCGAACUUUUCGUCAUGGCCCGUGAGCACGCACCUUCCAUCAUCUUUAUGGAUGAGAUCGACUCUAUCGGGUCUUCAAGGGGCGAAGGCGGCAGCGGAGGUGGUGACUCGGAAGUUCAGCGAACCAUGCUGGAGCUUCUCAAUCAGUUGGACGGCUUUGAGGGCACGCAGAACAUCAAGGUGAUCAUGGCAACGAACCGCAUUGAUAUCCUCGACAGCGCGUUGUUGAGGCCGGGCAGAAUCGACCGCAAGAUCGAGUUCCCGCCUCCAGGUCCCGAAGCUCGAGUCUCCAUUCUUCGCAUUCACAGUCGCAAGAUGAGCUUGCAGCGAGGUAUCAAUUUGCGCGCCCUGGCCGAGAAGAUGGGCCAAUGCUCAGGAGCUGAGGUUCGCGGCAUUUGCACCGAAGCAGGCAUGUUCGCACUUCGGGAGAGAAGACAACACGUGUCGAUGGAUGACUUCUUGCUCGCCGUGUCCAAGGUCACCAAGAAGGCUGGAGAUUCUUCUACGAGCUCUUCCAAGCUCUUCACUUAAGCCACAAGGGUCCACAACUUUUCAGACACGAUGUAAUGUGAACAAGUAUUUGCGCU